AUGAAAGGGAAAGGAGCUGAUAAUGUUCAACCAUCCAAUAACUCGAUUAACAAAAAGGGAGACGAAGCCACCCAAACGAAGCAAGUUGAUCUUACUGAAAAAACUGAAAAUUUGGAAGGUCAAAUUGAUCUUACUGAAAAAACUGAAAAUUUGCAAAGUGAAAAGAGUGAUCAAUCAGUAUUGAAAGGGAAAGUUGAUAAUGCUCGGUUCAAGCCACUAAUCAAGGCUGUACAGAAGCGUAAUUGGACACUUUUACAAGAUUUGGUAAACAGGACUCCUUGGGCCUUGACGGAAACUGUUUCAGAAUUUGAGGACACCAUUUUUCACAUAAUUAAUGUAUCAGCUGCACCCACUUGGCUUAUAAAGAAACUUGCAUUCAAGAUCAGUGCAGAAGAACUUCAAAAUUUGAGAGGAGAGUUUGGCCGAUCCGUUUUAUUCCACUCUGCCAUUUAUGGCAAUAGAAAUGCUGCAAAAGCUUAUGUCCUUAGGAACACUGAAUUUCCAAACAUAAGGAACGAAGAGGGUUAUCUUCCAAUUCAUGAAGCAGCAAGAUAUGGCCACAAGGGAAUAAUUCAAUACCUUCUGUCAAAAACAAAAGUACGGUUAGAUGACGACAAAGGUGUUCAACUGAUUAAAGAUCUCAUCAGUUCCGGACAUUAUGGUAUAGCGUUAGAUUUAUGGAAGGGAUAUCCAAAGUUAGCUCUUGAAAACAAUGCAGACAGAAAAAGUAUAUUAAAAAUAUUGGCUGGUAAGCCUCUGGCUUUUAAAAGUGCGAGUUGGAGUCGCCUUGGGUUUUGGAGACGCUUGAUCUAUGAUUGGAUUCCUCUGCAAGAGGAAUAUGUUCCUCACAAUGAAAGUAACAAUGGGGACAUAGAAAACGCCGUUAAAUGUCCAAACGAGUUGGGACAAUCCAAACAUUUUGGACCUAUUCGUCGAAUAAUCUAUGCUUCAUUUGGUGCUUUGCGCCAAAUGAUCUGGCAUAUCCUCAUGCUGCUAGUCCCGGAAAUCAAAAACAUUCGCGAUACAAAGUUGACACAUAUACAAACCCUCAAAAUUGUUAGAAUCUUGUGUCAUGGUAGUGAAGUUACGUGGAAUCGUAAAGAGGCCUUUGAAACUUUUUUGUCGCCAUUUCUUGAAGCUGCAAAACUUGGGAUUUGCGAAAUUGUCGAUGAAAUUUUUGAUGCUUAUUUUUAUGCUUAUACCUACCGCUACAAAGAUAAUGGUCACGGUCUACUUCAUAUGGUAAUUUUACAUCGCCAAGAAAAGAUUUUUAAAAUUAUUCAAGAAAGGAAUGUGUAUCUAUCAAGCUGGAAAGCAGUCAACAAAGGUGGAAAAACUGACAACAUGUUGCAUUUGGCUGGACGGUUGGCAGCUUCAAGUCAAGUCUCUGGUGCAGCAUUACAAAUGCAGAGAGAAUUACAGUGGUUCAAGGCUGUGGAAAGUUAUGUCCAUCCAUCCCUUCAAGAGCAACAAAAUAAGAAUAAUAAAACUCCUAGAGAAGUCUUUACCGAAGAACACAAGGAAUUGGUUAAACAAGGUGAAGAAUGGAUGAAGGGAACUGCUACAUCAUGCAGUGUUGUAGCUGCAUUGAUAAUAACUGUAGUUUUUACAGCAGCUUUUACCGUACCAGGUGGCAACAACAAUGAUGGGAUACCCAUUUUCUUGCGCAACACAACUUUCAUAGUCUUUGUCAUAUCAGAUGCCCUUGCACUGUUUUCUUCCACAGCUUCAGUGCUGAUGUUCUUGGCAAUCCUCAGUUCACGUUACUCAGAAGACGAUUUUUUGUUGUCAUUGCCAAGGAAGUUAAUCAUCGGCCUUAUCACGCUAUUCUUUUCUAUUGCAAGCAUGAUGGUAGCAUUUGGUGCAACUCUUUACACAUUUCUUUCACAUUCAUGGAAUUGGACUGUCAUUCCAAUUUCACUACUCGGAUGCCUCCCAGUGGCCUUAUUUGUCAUGUUACAAUGUCCUCUCUUGGUUGAAAUUUUCUCUUCCACUUAUAGACCAAUAAUUUCCAUAACCCCAAAUAAAUAA